AGGAAGCGAUCGUCGAGCGUCGCACUCCCUCGCGCUACUCUACAAUUUCUUUCUUUUUAGCGUGGCGUCGGUUUGUAACGGUAGUGUUUAAUCGUAAUUUGGGAGUUUUCUAAUUUGCGCUAAAAAGUUAUUUGAAUUGUUUUGUUGUCUUCUUAUUUCGCUACUCCAUUUAUCAAGCUUUUCAUAAUGAGGCCGCAGCAAAAUGGAGAUGAUGGUUAUGAGGAACCCGAAGUUCAUCGUAAAAUCUUCAUCGGGGGAUUAAAUUACAGAACGACUGAUGAAUCUUUAAAAGCACAUUUUGAGAAAUGGGGCGAAAUCGUGGACGUCGUCGUUAUGAAAGAUACGAAGACCAAGAGGUCUCGUGGUUUCGGCUUUAUUACUUAUUCCAAAGCCCACAUGGUUGACGAUGCGCAGAACAAUAGGCCUCAUACAAUUGAUUCACGCGUGGUGGAAACAAAACGUGCCGUAGCUAGACAGGAUAUUAAAAAUCCCGAGGCAGGAGCUACAGUUAGAAAACUUUUCAUCGGCGGAAUUAAAGAUGACCACACUGAAGAUCAAUUGCGAGAAUAUUUCUCUAAUUACGGAAAUGUACAGAAUGUUAGCAUUGUCACUGAUAAAGCUACUGGAAAGAAGCGUGGUUUCGGAUUCGUUGAAUUUGAUGACUAUGACCCAGUAGACAAAGUUUGCUUAAAUGCCCCUCAUAAAAUUAAUGGGAAACAAUUAGAUGUUAAAAAAGCUCUGCCUAAAGAUGGCUCUGACCAGCGAGGUGGUGGUGGCGGCAGACAAGGACAGAGAAGAAAUGAUAAUUGGGGUAAUUCUGGAGGUGGCUAUGGAGGCAACCAAGGAGGUGGAUGGAACAAUUCAAACCCAUGGGAUAACAACCAGGGCGGUUGGGGAGGGAGCCAGGGCAGUGGGGGAUAUGGUGGUGGGAACCAAAGAGGAGGCGGUGGUGGUGGUUGGGGUGGCAAUCAGGAGUUUGGCAACUAUGGCCAACAGAGUUACAGUGGUGGCCCCACUAGGAACCAGCAGUACAGCAACAACAGAGCUGCGCCUUACAACAUGAACCAAGGGGGUGGUGGAGGUGGCUAUGGCAGUGGGGGGAACUAUGGAGGGGGACAAGGCAGAGGUGGACGCUUCUAAAACAUGUUUCGUGCUAAGUACACUAGUAGAGCAGAGUAUUCGUGUCCGCUAGUGUAGGCAGUACGCUCCGGAGCACUAGUUACACCUCUGGUCUACUCGAGACCACCUAGGAGAAGCCGUCAGGAACCGAUUAACCUUAGUUUGAAGCUCGUUAUCUUUAGACAAAUAUGAAUAGAUUAUUUAUAGAAUAUGUACUGAUGUAAUUUGGUCUUCUAUUUAUUGUAGUACUUUAGGUACUUACCGUGACAUAUUUUUAAGGUUCUACAUAGAUUGUGAAAACAUUUUAUACAGAUAUUUAAGUACAACAUAGGAUAUUAAUAUGUAAUGACUCAAGUCCCUUUAAUGAUGCUAGGUUAAUAAAAUGAACAUUAAGUUGAAUUAAGAAUAAGAAAUAGAUCAUGAUUACUUUUAAUUUCUGACUUAUUCAGUAUUAAGUUCUCAAAUAGAUGUUAUUUGAAAUUUUAGGUAUAGUCCAGUUAUGACUUAUAGGAUAAUUAAAUGUAUAAAUAAAAAUUUCAUACAAAAGUUGUAGGGUUGUUUCUUUAGAUUUGUACAUAUACCUUUUUAUUUUAUUUCUCGUUGUUGCUGCAUGUCUUAUUGUGAUGCAGUUUUUUUUUUUCAAAUUAAGAUAUUUGUAGUGUAUGUCCUUGCUGACAUAACAUUUUAAAUAAAAAUUGUGACCUCCAUGUUUUACGUUUGUAAAUUAAUGAUUUCGAAUCUGAUGGAACUGAGAAAUGAGCUUGAUUUCAAAAAGUAGCUCGGAACUGUAUUGUGAAGCCUAUUUUAAUGGUUUUUGCUAGUAAGAAGACUCGAUUCUUUUAGGGUCAGUGUAAAUCAAAAAUUAAAGGGAAAUUUAAUAUUCUUGAUUCA